UCUUCAUUCUGCUGAAGAUUGCUGAAAAGGAAAAAUGAGGUCUUUAUUGGCUUUCAGAAAAAUUCCUGCACCGCUUCUGCUUCGCUGUUUGGGAAACAAUAAACCCUUCUGUUCACAAUCUCAAUUUCCCGAAGAAUCUGAGAAUCCAAGUCAAGAGCAGAGACUAGUUUACGGAUCCGCUUCUGACGAGAAUCUAGUUAGCUCCGUAGUGCAUCUUUUGACUACCAAGCCUGAACACAAGGACGACGAAGCGCGUGUAAUCGACGUGCUUCUGAGUCGCAGGGACAACCCAGAAUCUGCUCUUCGGUUCUACAAUUGGGUUAGACCAUGGCGUGGAAGUUUUGAAGAUGGUGACGCCUUCUGGGUACUCAUUCAUAUUCUGGUUGGUUCUCCUGAGACCUAUGGACGCGCAAGCGAUUUGCUCGUACGGUAUGUUUCUUCGAGCAAUCCAGUGGCAAUGCCAAGCGUAUUGGUCAGUAAUUUGAUGGAAUCGGCGAAAUCAUUUGGGUUUGAAGUCAAGCCACGAGCUUUUAAUUACUUGCUGAAUGCUUAUUCCAAAGACAGGCAAACGGAUUAUGCGGUAGAUUGCAUCAAUCUAAUGAUAGAACUAGGUUUGGCUCUAUUCGUCCCAUAUGUGAACAACACCUUAAAUGCUUUAGUUCGAAGGAAUUCGAUAUAUGAAGCUAAGGAGCUGUAUAGUAAGAUGGUUGCCACUGGUGUUGCUGGCGAUAAUGUCACUACGCAUUUGUUAAUGCGAGCCAGCCUGAGAGAAGAAAAUCCUGAGGAGGCUUUGGAGGUUUUUAGUAAAGCGAUCGAGAAAGGAGCAGAACCGGAUCGUUUACUGUAUAGUCUUGCUGUUCAGGCUUGCUGCAAGACGUUCGAUUUGGCUAUGGCUUUUGGUUUAUUGAGAGAGAUGAAGGAGAAGAAGUCGUGUGUCCCAUCGCAGGAGACAUAUACUUCUGUGAUAGUGGCAUCAGUGAAGCGAGGUAAUAUGGAGGAGGCAGUUGGAUUGAAGGACGAGAUGGUGAGUGAUGGGAUACCCAUGAAUGUUAUUGUGGCAACGAGUCUGAUCAAGGGAUAUUGCAUUAACAAUGACUUGGAUAGUGCUUUGGCUAUGUUUUAUAAGAUGGAAAAAGAAGGCCCGUCUCCAAACCGUGUUACAUUUUCGGUUCUGAUAGAAUGGUUUAGUAAGAAGGGAGACAUGGAAAAGGCGCUUGAGUUUUACAAGAAAAUGGAAGAUUUAGGUAUUACUCCUUCGGUCUUUCAUAACCACUCGAUAAUCCAAGGGUGUUUGAAAGGUCAGAGACCUGAAGAGGCACUGGAACUCUUUGACUUGUCUUUCGAAACUGGUCUUGCAAACAUCUUCAUAUGUAACAGUAUGUUAUCCUUUUUAUGCAAGCAAGGUAAGAUAGAUGAGGCCAAAAAUUUGUUGAGGAAGAUGGAAAGUAGAGGUCUUGGACCUAAUGUAGUUUCGUACAAUAACGUAAUGCUUGCCCUCUGCAGAAAGAAAGACAUGGACUUGGCUCGUACUGUUUUUUCAGAAAUGCUGGAAAAGGGUAUAAAGCCUAACAACUACACGUAUUCCAUUUUGAUCGAUGGAUGUUUCAAGAAUCAAGAUGAACAGAGCGCUUGGGAAGUCUUUGAUCAAAUGAAUUCUUCCAAUAUUGAAGCCAACGAGGUCCUAUACCACACGAUUAUCAAUGGUUUAUGCAAAUCUGGUCGGACAUCCAAAGCAAGAGAUGUGUUGGAAAAUCUGAUCAGAGAAAAGCGGGUUUGUUUCAGUUGCAUGAGCUACAAUAGCAUCAUAGAUGGAUUUAUCAAAGAGGGUGACAUGGAUUCUGCGGUUGCAGCUUACAAAGAGAUGUGUGGCAAUGGGAUUUCCCCAAACGUCGUAACUUAUACCAGCAUGAUGGAUGGGUUAUGCAAAAAUAGCAGAAUGGAUCAAGCACUGGAAAUGAAAAACGAAAUGAAGAACAAAUGUCUCAAACUUGAUGUUCCAGCUUACGGUGCUCUUAUCGAUGGGUUUUGCAAAAAGCGUAACAUGGAAAGUGCAUCUGCUCUGUUGUCUGAACUCCUUAAAGAAGGAUUGAAUCCAAACAGAGCUGUUUACAACAGCUUGAUUUCUGGAUUCCGUUAUCUGGGAAACAUGGAAGCAGCUCUUGAUUUGUACAAGAAAAUGUUGAAAGAUGGUCUAGGAUGUGAUCUGUUUACGUAUACAACACUUGUUAAUGGAUUGUUGAAAGAAGGAAAUUUGAUCCUCGCAUCUGAUUUGUACACAGAAAUGCAGGCGAUGGGUAUUGUCGCUGAUGAAGUCAUGUAUUCUGUCAUUGUGAAAGGUCUUGGCAAGAAGGGACAGUUUGUGGAAGUAGUUAAGAUUUUUGAGGAGAUGAAGAAGAAUGAUGUGACUCCAAAUGUCUUUAUCUACAACACCGUGAUUGCAGGACACUUUAAAGAAGGAAAUUUUGAUGAGGCCUUUAGACUUCACGAUGAGAUGCUUGACAAGGGUCUUCUACCUGAUGGUGUUACAUUUGAUAUUCUCGUGAGUGGGAAAGACAGAGAAUCUCAACAUAUUGGUGUAGCAAGUUUGUAGUCUGGCAAACCCGGGCCACGUUUUUGACUUAUGAGUUAGCUUUGGCUUCUAGAGAGACACAAUCAUCUGGCUGCUCAAGGUUGCAGUUCGUCAGGAUCUUCUGAAGCCUUUACUUUUGGCGGGUGAUGGAACCAGUGUAGCGAGUCCUUAUUUAACUCUUCAUAUGAUUCUCCUAACUUAGCGGUCUGCUUGAUUGGAACUGGAGCAAGAAACAAGAACUAGAAGCCCUUUUGAAACCUGCCAGAUUCAAAAUCCAGAAUGAACCUGAAACAGGUAGUUGUAAAAACAUCUUGCAAACACUGUGAAUAAUAUCGACCGCCUUCUUAUGUGAGUAUACGAGAAGAUGAGUGAGAAUCUUGACAAUGCUGCGUUUAUCAAGCUUGUGGGGUUAUAGCUAAAGCUGUUAAGAUUCAGAUAGUAUUUUCUUUUGCCUGUUUCUGAUCGGCUUUGCUCAUAAGGAAUGGUGUUGGUUUGUCGGUUUAAUGGCUUAGUCUUAGUGCCUAUGAAGGUCACUUAUUACCACUCUUGCCUCAGGCUAGUGUUCCUCGGAAAUUAUUUUCUGAACAAAAUAUUCCUUUCCGUUCAUGUAAAGCCCUUAAAAACAAAUACUCUGUAUAAUAUUUAUUUAUUUAUUCAA